UGGCAAGUCAAAAACGGAAUGCAGUAUUUUGAUUAUUAAUUAAUUCCAGUUUUGUUACCAAAGCGGUUCCCUUAAAAGCCACCGUUCAUUUGGGGACGCUGCGCGGAGCGCUGGCGAUGAGUAACGCACAAAAGCAGGCUCUGUCGUAGACCUUGUACGCAUCAUGCGGGCAUACGGAAUUCGGAGAUUUUUUACUUUGUGUCUUUGAUCUUUUUGGUCUUAUCCUUUUUCUAACUGUUUCAUAAUUUCUGCCAGUUUCUCCCACGCAAGUGAAACUUACAAGUCUUUUAUUUGAUAACCCACUAAACUGCUGCUGUUUUUUUGUUGAGACUUGAGAUGGUAACGACUCAAUUGUGAGAGGACGAUUUGCCAGGAAACACAACAAAUGGACAAACGGCUGGAGAUCAGUGAGAUCAUCUGGCCUGACUGCCUCGAGUCUUCUACAUCUUCCAUCCCUUUUAAUCAUAUUAGCCAUUCGCCACAGAUAGUCCCGAUACCUCGUAUGCGCAAUAAAAAAGGGGAAGUGUCUGGAAAGGUUGAUAUGAAAACUUAUUCGGAUACCAAGGUUGUUAAAGAUGUUCAGGCUGGACUUGUUGUGUCAUCCUCGCGAACCGAAAGGUCAUCUCGUCGUGAAGUGGAUGGGUUGAAUGAUGCGCUUAGCCAGUUCUACACACCGCUUGGUCCGCGACGGAAGCGUCGCCCGGGAGGAUAUUUGGCGCUCUCGCUGGGACUGGGCAGUCCUGAGCACCACACAGGAUAUUUUGAAGAAAUUCACCAAAAGUUGCCGCCAGAUCAUCCGCUCGAUGGGCAAACCACCUCGCCAAGAUUACCUCAGGAAUUACGAACGAAGUCCAGGAACACGUCGCGCAAGUUCAAAGCCAAGAUUAAGGAAGAAACUGGGGCGUUCAUAAAGAAAGAAACGGAACUGGACUUGGACAAGCCCGUUUCAGAUGAAUCCACAUCGGAUGUCCAGAAAGGAACUAUCCUUUUCCAGUGUCUUACAAAUGAUUUGGAGGAAACUGUAGCUCGCGUCGAAGAGGAAGCAGAUUUUGCAGUUACGACGACGAGCGAUAUACCUUCGGUCUCGAUUUUGCCUCCGGUCCCGGCCACCAGAAGUCCUGCUAAAUCUUUUGGCCCGGACGAAUUAGCGAAGGGCGGUCAGAAAUUCGAUAAAUUUAUGAUGGACGCCGCGUGCCUUCGUCUUACUACUACGGAUUAUCCUACUAUCCCUGCAGUCUCUGCAUUCAUGGCGCCGAUGUUUUAUCCACCUUAUCGGUUUGGCCGCAUGGAGCAACCCAACCAGGGUUCUACGGGGGAGCCUCUCAAUAACGGCGGGCAACCUUGGAUUUCUACCACUGCCGGGAAUCAGGAACCGCCACGAACGACUGGAAGUGGCUUGAUAGAUCCGAUACCGAACACUUCCAUCAUCUGUCAACCGAGCAAGCAUAUGAAUAUCAUUGCUCCGCCUCCGUAUUUCGCCAUUGGAGCAGGGAGGCAGUGCGCCCUGCCUCCCGCUUCGUCAUUUCUGCCGAAAUGUCCUGCGACUCCGACAUGGAUGUCACCCGUGAAAUGUCCACCGAGUGUGCUGCAGAUAUCUACGAACUAUCCUGCGAAGAUGGAGGGUUACUGCUUCGUGGAUAAUUACUAUAUGGAAAAUGCCGGGGCUGUUCAAAGACCAGUAAUCAUUGAAGACACUUUUGGCUUGAAUGCCGGUUCUGAACCCAGUGAAUAUACCGAACUAAUGCCACGCGCGAAAAGUUCGUGUGAAGGAAACAGGGAAUAUGCGAACUAACUUAAAUAUGGACCUGCCGACGGACCGGUUUUUUGGGGAAAUUUGAGUAUCUGCAACCUGUUAAUGGGAAGCGUAUGCGAGGAUUUAAUUUUUCUUGUCUGCGCGUCAGUGAUUUCCAUUAAUUUCUUCUGUAUGAUAUUUCUUUCGUAGCAUUUCUGGAUGGCGGUUAACUUUAGUUAAUAUUUAGUUUGUACUUCAAGUAGCAUAUAUACGAGGAAUUCUGGAUUUUAAUUCCCAAGGCAUUUAGGUUUUAUGUCUGUUAAACUCUUAAUUUCUAUCUAUCCCACAAUUUUAUUCGGGUAGGUUUCGUCCGUUUCGGUAUCGCGCAGUUCACUGUUAGUGCUGUCUGUACGGUGACCACAUACAACUUCCUCAGUUUGGUUGUUGCAUUUACCGUUGGAUGUGUAUUGUUUUGUUUGUCGAAUGGUGUAAAUUUCGGUGCAAGAAACAGUGAACAUGCA